AUGGAAGUCGCAUCUGCCGUUCGACUGCCUUCACCGGAACCCGAGCUCGACGACGUUAAGGAAGUUCCGCGCAAACGCGACCGCUCGCCAUACGAUGGACCGAGUGCUGGGCCAUCGAAAAGAAGUAGGAGGGAUGACGACGAGGAUGACCGUCGCAAUGGAGGUAUCGGCCGUCGCCCAGCGCCCAAACCUACUGCCGACGACCUUCCGGAUGACGACUCGCGACUGAAGCUUUUCCAGAAUGCCUUCAGCGCGAAUCGCAAGCUGCCGGUUGACGAUUCCAAGACACGUGCUGGAGGCGCGUAUAUCCCUCCUGCGCGACUGCGCGAGAUGCAGAAGUCGAUUACGGAUAAGAAGAGUCCCGAGUUUCAGCGCAUGGCUUGGGAGGCGCUCAAGAAGUCGAUCCAGGGUUUGAUCAACAAGACGAAUACAGCCAACAUCAAGAUGAUAGUGCCAGAGCUGUUCUCGGAGAACCUGGUGCGCGGGCGCGGUCUGUUCUGCAGAGCUAUCAUGAAGGCGCAAGCAGCUAGUCUUCCCUUCACGCCCAUCUACGCAGCUAUGGUCGCCAUUGUCAACACAAAACUGCCUCAGGUUGGCGAUCUACUGGUCCGACGUCUGAUUGUGCAGUUCAGGAAGGGCUUCAGGAGGAAUGACAAGAACGUGGCGCUAUCGAGUACCAUGUUCCUCUCGCAUCUCGUCAACACGCAGGUGGUCCACGAGAUCCUGAUCGCCGAGAUUCUGCUUCUCCUGCUCAACAAGCCCUCGGACGACUCUGUUGAGAUCGCAGUCGGCAUCAUGAAAGAAGUCGGCGCUUUCCUCGACGAGAUGAAACCAGCCAUCGCCAACGCCAUUUUCGACCAGAUGCGCAACAUCCUCCACGAAGCCGACAUCGACAAGCGAACACAGUACAUGAUUGAGGUCCUUUUCGAAGUUCGUCGCACAAAGUACAAGGACAACCCGGUCAUAAGGGAAGAUCUGGAUCUGGUAGAGGAGGAGGACCAGAUCACUCACAACCACACACUUGAGGGCGACUUGAAGGUCGAGGAUGGUCUUAACAUCUUCAAGGUUGAUCCCGAUUAUGAAGCGCAUGAGGAAGAGUACGCAAAGAUCAAGGCGGAGAUUCUAGGCGAAGAGGAGGGCAGCGAUGAUGACGGAUACACUGAUGCAUCCUCUGAGGAUGAGGAGGACGAGGAAGUAAAGGCCAUGGACGUCAAGGAUCAGACCAAUGCGGAUCUCGUCAACCUGCGCCGAACUAUCUACCUGACUAUUAAGAGCAGUGGUGGCUUUGAGGAGUGCGUGCACAAACUCAUGCGCAUUAACCUGCCGCAUGGCUUGGAAAACGAGCUCACAACGAUGAUCGUAGAGUGCGCCAGUCAGGAGCGUACAUACGAAAAGUUCUACGGCAUGAUUGGCGAGCGCUUCUGCAAGCUGAACAGAAUGUGGACCGAUCUUUUCGAAGAAGCAUUCGCGCACUACUACGAGACUAUCCAUCGUUUCGAAACGAACCGCCUUCGCAUCAUCGCACAGUUCUUCGCCCAUCUCCUAGGUUCCGACGGUAUUGGCUGGCACGUCUUCCAGGUGGUCAAGAUGACGGAAGAAGAUACCACGUCUAGUUCUCGUAUUUUCGUCAAGAUUCUAUUUGAGGAGCUCCUGGCCUCUCUCGGUCAGAAGGUGGUUGUGGAGCGCUUCAAGGACCCCAUGCUACAGGACAGCCUUACUGGUAUCUUCCCCACGGAUGCGGACGACCAAAGCAAGACGCGCUUCUCGAUCAACUUCUUCACCGCGAUUGGUAUGGGUGUGCUUACAGAGGGCAUGCGCGACUGGUUGAAGAACAGUGCGCCAAAGCCGAAACCGCUACCUGAGCCAGAGAGUGACUCGGACGACGAUCGCAGUGUCUCAUCAAGAUCAAGCUACACUUCCAGCAGCUACUCGCGAUCUCGAAGUCCGUCCCUCAUCUUCAAGAUCCAGAUCUCCGCCGCCGAAGGGCAAAUCAACACGUCGCGGACGUAG